UGGCAACAUUGCUCUGAUAAACACUAACAGUAAACAUUCGUCAUCAUGGCGGACUCGAGACUGUUUUAUGUUAGCUUGUUUUUAGCGUUUCUAGCUUUUACUGUUAGGGAGUAUUUUCAGUCCACUGGAGAAGGUCCAGAAACUUAUACGAAACAAAUACCAGAAACAAAAUUUCAACAUACCUUUAUGGGACCUACUUUGAAAUUUUUAUAUUGCUAUUCAUGAGGAUACAAGCGUGUCUUCGAGCAGUAUGUCUCAAUUCUUCAAGAGAAGUAUCCAGACAUUUCCAUUCUCGGAGACACGUAUCCUCCCUCAGCUGUUCGGCUACAUCUUGCCCAGUUUCUCAGUGUGGCCAAGCUUGGUAUCAUUGCUCUAGUUCUUGGAGGUGUAGAUAUAUUCCAAAUCUUAGGGAUGCCUACUCCACCUUUCUAUUCAUGGAUGAUUCAAAAUAAAAUGUAUGCUUGUUUAAUGUCAUUCUUCUUGGGGAACACAAUCGAAGGUCAGUUACUUUCAACAGGAGCCUUUGAAAUAUCUUUUAAUGAUGUGCCUGUAUGGUCCAAGCUAGAAAGUGGUCGAAUUCCUUCACCUCCAGAGUUGUUCCAGAUCAUUGAUAACCACGUGUUGUUGAAAUCACCAGAUGUCUCAGGAUUAAACAUGUAGCUUUUGCUUUGAAACUGAUAUUACAGGUUAUACUAGUAGGAGUUGUACAUACAGUAUUUGGUAGAAAGUUCAACAGAAAUAUUUUACUUUUAUGUGCAAAGAGAUAUCUCCAUUUGAAAGAAAAGAAUAUGCAUAAAAAUGUCAUAGAAUGAGAACAGAGUAUAUUAGUUAUGUCUAAAAGAAAGGACUUGUAUAUAAGCAAAUGUUUUUCGAAAAAAUGAAAUUCAAAUUUGUUUGAGUUCAGGUAACAUGUUUUUGGAAAAUAGGUAAUCAGAUUCAUAUGCAGUUUAGUUUCUAGAAAGUGAUAAAUCUUAAAAUUUAGCUGAUUGUGAUCAUGGGAUAUAUUCAGUUUGUUUAUAAUGUAUGUUAUGGUUGUAGAGUCAUAGUGAUAAUGAAAUAAGUUAAAAUUAGAAUAUUGUCUUAGUAUCUUAACUUUUUUGACCCACUAGAGCAAACUUUCUAACCUUUCAUACAUAUGUUUUCAUAAUCAAAACUUGUUAAUAGACUUUGCUGGUGAUUAAAAGCUUGCCCAAAUAAGUAUGGGAUUAAACCAUUGUAGUCAAAAUACUUGUUUUCAAUGAUUUAAUUAACAUCUGUAACCCAGUAGUAGACUUAGACAUAAUAUUUCAUUACUUUUAUUAAGUCUAAAGCGUUUAUUUCCUGUUUGUCUACUUAGGCAUUGUAUAGUUAAUAACAUUCAUAAUAUUGUUUUCUCAUCAAAUCUGAGCAUGUUUUGUAACACACACACACACACACACACACACAGUUAAAUGAGAAGUGGAUUGGAGUAGUUUAACACUAUAUAACUACACUAUGAUACAAAAGCUUUGAACAAAAUUUCAAAUAAUUUGUAAAAGCUUAAUGUUUAUAGUACUUGUAGCAUUAUGUAUAUGUAUGCAGUAUUUUUUGUUAAACAAUACAAAGAGAUUUAGAAAGUAGUCAGAAAUAAUAUAUUGUGAAUUAUUGCUUGAUCACUAAACUAGAUAUUGGUUUUUAUGCAUCACAUAGCCAGCAGUUCUAAAGAAAAAGAAUUAUUUGAAGUUUUUAAGAUAUAAACUAAUGACUAGAAAUGUUAUACAUUAAAGAUAUAUGCAUGUUUAUAUGCAUUUGGUUAACAGUGUGAUAUUUAGUCACGUAUUACACAACCUUUUGUGCACUAAUGCAACUAUAGAAAAAUAUUUAAAUUCUAUAAAUUUUAGAACUACAUUCAAAUCAGAAAUGAACUUAAAAAUUAUAUAUAUAUUGGGAUUUUAUCAGUUAUGUAAAUUAAAAAUUACUACAAGUAUCUACAUUUUUUCCCUAGAGAAUUUAUCUUAAUUACAUAUGAAACAUGACGCAAAACUGAAUUCACCAAGCAGUAACUUGCAUCUUUGCUAAAUUAUCAAACCUUAAGAAAAUUGAAUAACCAUGCUUCAUUGUUACCAAGUUAGUUGAAAAUUAGACAUUUUGUGAAGUGUAACAUACCUAUAAAUAUAUCCAUUAUAUGUGAAGUGAUUCCAUAAUGUUAGCCUAUUAUUUGUGUUGAAUUCAUGUUGUAUUGAAUAAUUGUAUUUCUAGUUUGAUGUUUUGUGGAAUGUUAUUCAUCUGUGGAGUAUUAUAUGAAGGCUCAAACACAAAGCAGAUCUUCUGCUAGUUUGAGCUGGAAGUUUCUUCCUCAACAGAUGUUUGCCUCUUAAUUCAAAACAUUUUAACAAAAGAGUAAGCUGUCUGUUUGGCUGUACGGUCUGUAAAUGCAACUUUUAUGUUUAAAUAAAGAAGUAUUAAUUUGAUUUCAUUCACUAAAGUCAUGUAAAACGUGUUUUAAGGAAUUAUUACGAAGGUUUGAAGUAAAAUUGUAAUAAAAGGAUAUUCUUGGGAUUCAAAAACUAAACUGAGUUUUAAAAUAAUCAAGUUUGAAAGAAAUAAAAUUACCUACAAAUAA